CCGCCCUCGCCGCCGCCGCCGCCGCCGCCUCCCCCGAGCCUGCGGGCGGCGCCGAGGCCGAGGAGCGCUCGCUGCAGCGCAUGCUGCGCGCCAUAGCGGAGGAGCGCGGCCGUCUCAGCCUGCGCCGGGAGGUCUGCGGCCUCGGGUGCUUCAAGGAUGACCGCAUCGUCUUCUGGACGUGGAUGUUCUCUACCUACUUCAUGGAGAAGUGGGCGCCACGGCAGGACGACAUGCUUUUCUACGUGCGCCGGAAGCUGGCAUACGCGGGCAGCGAGGGCGGCGUGGACGGAAGGAAGCUGGCAGAGACUGAGCCGGAGGUGGACGUGGAGGUGUACCGGCGUGACUCCAAGAAGCUGCCGGGCCUCGGGGACCCUGACAUUGACUGGGAGGAGAGCGUCUGCCUGAAUCUCAUCCUGCAGAAGCUGGACUACAUGGUGACAUGUGCCGUGUGCACGCGCGCCGAUGGGGGGGACAUCCACAUCCAUAAGAAGAAGUCCCAGCAAGUGUUCGCGUCCCCCAGUAAACACCCCAUGGACAGCAAGGGCGAAGAAUCCAAGAUCAGCUACCCCAACAUCUUCUUCAUGAUCGACAGCUUCGAGGAGGUGUUCAGCGACAUGACAGUGGGGGAAGGAGAGAUGGUCUGUGUGGAGCUGGUGGCCAGUGACAAAACCAACAUGUUCCAGGGUGUCAUCUUUCAGGGCUCCAUCCGCUACGAGGCACUCAAGAAGGUGUAUGACAACCGAGUGAGUGUGGCUGCCCGCAUGGCACAGAAGAUGUCAUUCGGCUUUUACAAGUACAGAAACAUGGAGUUUGUGCGCAUGAAGGGGCCCCAGGGCAAGGGCCACGCUGAGAUGGCAGUCAGCCGUGUGUCUACCGGUGACACAUCCCCCUGCGGGACGGAAGAGGACUCCAGCCCGGCCUCACCCAUGCAUGAGCGGGUGACCUCCUUCAGCACGCCCCCCACCCCGGAGCGGAACAACCGGCCCGCCUUCUUCUCCCCGUCCCUCAAGAGGAAGGUGCCCCGGAACCGGAUCGCUGAGAUGAAGAAGUCUCACUCGGCCAACGACAGUGAGGAGUUCUUCCGGGAGGACAACGGAGGGGCGGAUCUGCACAAUGCCACCAACCUGCGGUCUCGGUCCCUGUCUGGCACGGGGCGGUCCCUGGUUGGGUCCUGGCUGAAGCUGAACAGAGCGGAUGGAAAUUUCCUUCUCUAUGCACACUUGACCUACGUCACUUUGCCGCUGCAUCGGAUUUUAACAGAUUCGUUGAUUCCCUCUUGCCCUGGCCUCUACGAAAGCUGACGGGUGUGACAAGGGAUUUCUUUCCUAUGUGUGGAUUGAGGGUCGUUCAUCUUGGAACCGGACUUUAAUAGAACAACUGGAUUGCUCAGUUGGAAACAACCAUGGUUUUUAGUGAACUUUAUCGUUGUUUUGGAUAAACAGCUUUGUUUCAGAAGGCUUUCGUCCAUUCCAGAAGCCAGUGAGUGGAGUCCUUGGACAGGCGCGCACACGCCUUCGAGCGGCACGCUGGGCAGAGCCUGCGUGGCUCUGGGUCUCCCCAGGCGCGUGGCAGCGGGGGCUGGGUUUUCUCAGCCACAAAGUGGGCUCACCACCUCCCGCCCUGGGUGCACAGAGGGUGGAGACACGCGUGUCAAGAGGCUGCCAGAGUUCCUGUCGACAGAGUCCCGGCCGUCCCCCUGCUGAAACGUGCCCCAAGGGCAUCUCCUAGGUUAUCUUUUUAAAAAAAAAAAUUUUUUUUUUUAACGUUUAUUUAUUUUUGAGACAGAGAGAGACAGAGCAUGAACGGGGGAGGGGCAGAGAGAGAGGGAGACACAGAAUCGGAAGCAGGCUCCAGGCUCUGGGCCAUCAGCCCAGAGCCUGACGCGGGGCUCGAACUCACAGACCGCGAGAUCGUGACCUGAGCCGAAGUCGGACGCUUAACCGACUGAGCCACCCAGGCGCCCCUCCUAGGUUAUCUUUAAACAGAAGUCCUAAGGGAGCACGAGGGAGACGGCCCAGGAGUUCCCACGCUUGAGCCUAUCCACCGGAGGAAACCCAGAUGGUCAGCGAUGAAGCGUUCCAGAACGAGUGGUGAUGGUUGCACGUCUCUGCGCCUGUACCAACACCGACUGAAUCCUGCACUUCCAGGCGUGAAUUUCUCAAUAGACACAGAGCAAAAUCCAUCCCCAGGCUCCUGAUUCCGGCAGGUCUCGGGGGAGGGGCCCCAGGGUCUGCAGUUUGAACAAGUUCCCAGGUGUUACCCUUUCGAGAACCCUGUGCUCACCCAGCCGUCCUGAGCGCCUACAGUAGGGCUGCUGCAUUUCGGGGACAGGCUCCCUCCUCAGCACCCUCUUGUGUCGCUCGGAUGGCACCCAUUGGACCUCUGCAGCUUGGGAGUGCUACUUUGACGGGAGGUCGGUCCUCCCAGUACUGACCCAGGUGCUGCCUCCGGUACAGCCUGGUGCGGAGUCAGCCCUGGACCGACGACACAGUAGUAUCCUCCCGACUACUGCAGUUUGAUCCGUGAACACCUCGAGAGCGGUUUGCCAAAUCGCUGAAAAUUUCAAAUUCUAUAACCUCAGUGUAUUUUUCUCUUGAUCAUUUUGGUCCUUAGUCUUAAAAUAUCCUUAGGAGGGUUCAGAUUUCUGACAGACGACCCGGACACAGAUGCCAGCUCCGCUCACUUACGUGGAAGAAACACACUCACCUGCCCAAACCCCUGGCUUUGCAAAACCCACCGCAGGGCCGUCCGGGAGGUCGGCCCGGGCACUGGAGGCAGAGGGCAGCGCGCCCAGCGCAGUGCUUCCCAUGGUGGCCGGUGACCAUCCACCGUCCCCGCCGCAAUGCUCAUUUGUGAAAACACGAAUCCGACACGGCGAACUCCAGCGGCCUGGAAGGGGCCUCACCUGCACGCACCGGGGUCGAUGGGUAGGUCUGUCCUCACCUGCAGAUCUUCCUGCGACCUGGAGGCUUCUGGGCGCUGCCUCCCCACACCUCUCCUCCCUCUGGUCCGCUUGACUUGUGUCGACACCGGGAACAUCACAGGAGCAUAAAAGUGUCAAACACCGUGACUUUGUUUACUUUCCAUUUAUUCACAUUUCAUGGAUAUUACACUUCCUCAAAAACUAAUACAAAUUGAGAUUACAUUGUCUGACAAUUCAAGUAUUUUAGUUUUAGAAAACAAUUUCCUAUGUGACAUAGGAAGCAAACAUCUUAUCCAACUGAUUGCUAACAAGUUUUACGGCUGUUACAACUGCACCUGCGUCGGCAGAGUCCACGGUCCUCAGCUCGAUGGCCUCUGGCCAAGAACGUACCAGUGUGUAGAGCGCGGCCUGGAUGGGCUGCUCCCGGCCACCUGCUGGUACCACAGGACACAUCAGGUCCCACCACAGAUUCUCACUUCCAGAGCGAGCACAAGUACCCGGGGGUUGGGGAGCGAGCCACUUGGUCUGCAAAGCCUUCGAACGCCCGCGCUUGCGUCCCGACCGCUCCGAAGUAAAGAGUAACUGACGAAUGCUCAAAAAGCAAACAACUUGUUUAAACUUUAAAACUAAACCAAAAAAAGGCUCAGCGACAACCUGUUCUGAACUCUGAUGGUAAGGUGAAUUGUUUUUUCUCUACCCCGGAACAGGUAGAUCUUUUUUGGCAUGCAGCUUAUCAAAACUAUAAUGUAGAACUGAAAUUGUACAACAAUGAUCCUUGUCAAGAAAAUCAGUUUAACAAAUGGCCAGACUUGUCCUUCCGUAGAAAACACAAUCUACACACUGCUUUAAAAACGGGACACAUGUUUCCAGCCUGUAAUUCUAAAAAGAAGACAGCACAACGCCCAAGUUUUUGCUUACUGGGGAAUGCUCCAGAGGAGAUGGGACAGGCACCAGUUUGAAAAAAAAAAAGAAAAAAAGAAAAAAAAAGGCCACUGGGACACUCCAUAUGACGCAGCGCGGUUAGGAUCAAAGGUGAUCCUUCGGGCCACGCAGAUGAUACACAUCACAGAUCCUUCAACUAAAUACAAAAAUUUCCAUCUACAUCAGACACUUUAAAGCCAAAUUUCUAGUUAUUUUGUUAAAAAUAAUUCUAACUAAAGCCAAGGGGCGGAACUGAGCUAUUAGUACGGUGGGGGGUGAGCUCUCUGGGGGGCCCCGCCCCCGAGUAACAUAUAAGCACUUAGACUUUACAGUAAAAUCCACACACACUCACGCUCUUUUCUAUUAGCACAUAAUUAAAGUGGAGGCCAAAGUUCCUCACACACAAGGGACACGGAGGAAAUAGCAUGUUGUGAGUGAUGGCGCACAUGUCACAUCUGCCCCUGUAAUGAUCACUUUCACAGUGACAGCUGUAGCAGCAAGUUUGCCAGGAAUGUUAGGAAAAGAGAAAGCCACACAUACCCACUACUUCAAAGAGAUAUGAACUAUUUUUCCAGGGGGGUUGAGAGGUGGCCCAAUUCUGAUGUUUUCGGGCCAUUUCUGGCAAACGUCCCACCGGACAGGCCGAGGCUACUGCCACCGAGGCGCUCCUGAAGGCGCCCGGGGACCACGGGAGCACGUGAGGCCAACGUAGGACACACGGGGCCCCACAUGUCCUCGUCCUUCCAACGGCUGGAUAAACCUCAGGUGAGGGAACAGGACCAAUGACGCGGAAACGGUGUCAGCCACCCGCUUACCACAGAUCGCCGGUAACAGAAACUCACCCACGUACUCUUUCUAAAAGGAAAAUGCAACAGAAGUGACCACGCCCUCCCUGUUCUCCCAGGUGAGAGUCUGACCACGUCCCACAAAGUGUAAGCUCCUCUCUGCGUAUUUGUCCAGAGUCACACACACGCGGGGGCCAAAUUCUCUCAGCAGAACCAGAAAACAAGUACAAGAAUCUCAUGAUAAAUGUGGGCCCAACUACCACACUUCAAGUGUUUAACACAGUUGAUCAUAAAACGGUUUCCCUGCCCCCCUUAUAUCUAAAACUUAUAGCUUCUUUGUUAAAAAAGCAACUGUACUAUCUACAGUUAUCGUGACUGUUCUUUCCUAAGUCAGAAGACAUUCUAUGCGCUGAAGAUCAGAAUAUACAAACGUGAGCCCUCAGGCACGGACCCUGAGCCUUUAAAACAAGGUCAUUAAAUGACUAACGAGGAAUGAAAGUGGACACUUAAACACUAAAAACUGCAUCUAAUUCAUGUGCCCAGAGUUUUCCCAGAAGGCUAGGAUUAGCUACCCAACAGCGGUGGAGAAGUGACGGGAUCUUCUCAUGCACAACCAUGGCUCCCUUCCAAACGGACAUGCCGAGUAUCUUACUCUUAAAAAAGUCAAUGGAAACUUAUCAAAUGCAGAAUAAUGUACUUCCGUCUAAAGUUAAAGGCAACGUUUGCACACACAAUUUCAAUUCCAUGACCUUAUUGCAUGUUUCCUGGUGAACUUACAUGGCUCGUGUGUAGUAAAAGCUCUGAGAUCCUCAGGGUUCAUCACGGUACAAAUGAACGAGGACAGAUUCACUUUCUUUUUUGUACCGUGCUCGAACUUUAAUUUUUUUUCCCCCAGGUUUUGCGGUCUAUGGUCUAUCAACUAUAAGCUACCAAAUUUGUGCUUUUAAACCCUCAUUCCUGACCACCCCCCAUUCUGUCUGUCUGUAGGGGACGCACUGGCAACAGCACCUCAGGAAUGCCACUACAAAACCCCAUCUACAAAACCAAAGAACAAACUCGUUUCCUUUUAAAAUGAAAAAGCAGUUCCUGAAUCAGGUAAAACAGGCCACGGGGCUAAAA